GAUCGAAUGUCAAUUUCUAUCUGUCCAUCAUGGUCCGAAAACAUGAAAAAUCAAACGCCAUGUGAAGUGUUCCAGACGGUGAACAAGAGGUGCUCAUGUAUAUACCCUAUCAUCUCCCCCGACUCUUCUGAGCAAGCGUUUAUCCCGAGUGGCUUAAAUGUGACUGCAUGCACAUGUUCCUGGGCGAGUUACAACCUGUUUAGCGCCUGUAUGUUCUGUACUUCUUCAUCACCUUCACUAGUGAGCUGGGAUGAGUGGAUAACCAACUGUCCCACAAAUAUAACGUCGACAACAACGUGAGUUCAACUGGUAUGACAUGGCCCCUGAUGAUCCGAUCUGAAGCAUCUGUCAAAGAUACUUCCCUCCGGAUGCAGGAGCGCUGCCUUACAAUAUCUCGAUGCCUUGUUACGCGGGCUCCAAUCGUACGUCCGUAAACCACUGACCACUAAAUCACCCUUUCAUGGGGACUGUCCCGCAGCUCAAAACUGGCCAAAUGGGACA